AUGCACACUCCCAUACAUGCACUCCUCCUUAACGGAGUCAACCAGUCUCUGGUUUUCAGUCCUACGAAUGAUCCGAUGAUGGGGAUCCUUGGCAAUGGCACCGUACUCCCGAACGGGAGCGAUCCUUUUGGUAGAAACGAAGAGGUCGCAAAAAUAGAGAUAACGGUCCUGAGCAUCACCUUUGUGGUGGCCGUGAUUGGGAACGUCAGUGUCUUGCUGGCCAUGUACAACACCAAGAAAAAGACUUCGAGAAUGCACCUCUUCAUCCGUCACCUUAGUAUUGCUGACCUAGUGGUCGCCUUCUUUCAGGUCCUGCCGCAGAUAUGCUGGGAGAUCACCUUUCGCUUCUACGGACCAGAUUUCCUGUGCAGGAUAGUGAAGCACCUCCAGGUGAUGGGCAUGUUCGCCUCCACCUACAUGAUGGUGAUGAUGACCCUGGACCGUUACAUCGCCAUCUGCCACCCUCUGAAAACCCUCCAGCAGCCCACCCAGAGGUCUUACAUCAUGAUCAUUAGCACCUGGAUGAGUAGUCUGGUCCUCAGCAUGCCACAGUACUUUAUAUUCUCCCUGAGUGAGAUCAAGAACGGCUCGGAGGUCUACGACUGCUGGGGCCACUUCAUAGAACCGUGGGGCGUAAAAGCAUACAUUACUUGGAUAACCGUUGGCAUCUUCCUCAUCCCCGUGUUCAUUCUGAUGAUAUUCUACGGGUUCAUCUGCCACAGCAUAUGGAAAAAUAUCAAGUAUAAGACCAAGAAGACACCCGUGGGAGGUGCGUCUAAAAACGGUCUCAUGGGCAAGAACUCCGUUAGCAGCGUCACCACUAUAUCCAGAGCGAAGUUGAGAACGGUCAAAAUGACUUUUGUGAUUGUUCUGGCGUACAUUAUUUGCUGGUCACCUUUCUUCAUCGUACAGAUGUGGUCGGUUUGGGAUGAGAACUUCGCAUGGGAUGAUUCUGAGAACACGGCUGUCUCACUGUCCGCGCUCCUCGCGAGUCUUAACAGCUGCUGUAACCCGUGGAUAUACAUGAUCUUCAGCGGGCAUCUCCUACACGACUUUACGCACUGUUUCCCGUGCUGUAAUAAUUUGCGCCACAAGUUCAAGAAAGAGGACUCUGACAGCAGUCUCCGGAGAAAUACGAUAUUGAGUAAAAUGACCAACCGGAGCCCAACAUGCAGUUCGGGCACAUGGAAAGACCCUGACAACUCGACCAAGUCCUCCGUUCCAUCUAUCCAAACGGAGACCUAA